AGGAGUCGACAGACAGAAGCUCAACCGAGUGGACACGAACAGCCGGCAGACUUUCUUUCAUAUUCCUUUCGAGAACACGGACUUCAUCAGCACACAUUAGCGCAUCAAUGCUGCUGGUUCUCGUGUUGCUUCUGUCAGCGUCGCAGACGGGCACAGGGAGUGCAGUGUGCAGGCCGGGUUUUACAGAGGACAUUUACACCACAGUGAUGCCUGAACAUGUGCUGCCGGGACAGCCUGUGUUCAUCGUGAAGUUUAUGGACUGUGGCCAAGGUGUUCAUGUACAGUUUGAAUGCAGUCAGCCUGACGACUUCAGGAUAUCACUUGAUGGAGUCGUUUACGCACUUCGACCGCUGCACCUGUCUCGCUCCUGGACCUCGCCUCUGCUCAUUAAAGCCCAAGAUGAAGUGACACACCAGCAGUGGCACACACAAGUCACUCUAAUGCCCUCUGGAGCCCAAACAUCACAGGAGCAACACAUGCCCAAGAGAGAUUUACCAGAGAUAACAUUUCCCUCCCAUCACAUAGACAUGUCACUCAAACGCAUGAAGAGAGAUUGGGUCAUUCCUCCUAUUAAUGUGGCAGAAAACUCUAGAGGGCCUUUCCCAAUGAACCUGGUCCGGAUUCGCUCAGAUAAUGAUGAGACGGUGAGUUUACGCUACAGCGUGACGGGACCCGGCGCUGACCAGCCACCCACUGGUGUGUUCUCCAUUGACCCCAUCUCUGGACAACUGUCUGUUCUGAAGCCACUCGACCGCGAGCACUUACCCAACUUCAAUUUAAGAGCACAUGCUGUGGACCUGAAUGGUAAUCAGGUUGAAAACCCCAUUGACAUCAUGAUUAACGUUAUUGACAUGAAUGACAACCGACCAGAGUUCGUCCAUCAGAUAUGGAACGGAAGCAUUCCCGAAGGCUCCAAACCAGGCACGUCAGUUAUGACAGUAACAGCAGUGGACAACGACGAUCCCAAAACACUUAAUGGUCAGCUGCGCUACAAGAUCGUGUCCCAGAAUCCCGUCAUCCCGAGCGCAAACAUGUUCACUAUUAACAACAUGACAGGAAGCAUCAUCACUGUGGCUGCUGGGCUGGACAGAGAGAAAGUACCACAGUACAAGCUGAUUAUUCAAGCCACUGACAUGGAAGGAAACCCCGCAUACGGUCUCUCUAACACGGGUACUGCUGUUAUUACAGUCACAGACGUCAAUGACAAUCCUCCAGAGUUUACCUCUAACACUUUCUAUGGCACUGUACCAGAGAACCAGGUGAACGUUAUUGUGGCCAACUUGACAGUGACGGACAAAGAUCAGCCAAACACAGCAGCGUGGAAGACCGUGUUCAAGAUAACGGGCGGCAACCCAGCGGCUCAUUUUUAUGUACCCACUGAUCCAGUUUCUAAUAAAGGCCUGGUGACUGUUGUCAAGCCCAUUGACUACGAGGUGAGCCAAGCAUUUGUGCUGACCGUGGUGGCGCUGAACGAGCUUCCUCUGGACAGAGGCAUUCAUCUGCCCCGUCAGUCCACCGCCACCGUCUCCAUCCGUGUCAGUGAUGUCAAUGAGAGCCCUUAUUUUAAGCCCAACCCGAAACUGGUGAAGCAGCAGGAGGGCGUGAAGAGCGAGUCAGUCAUCAGCACCUUCACAGCUCAAGAUCCAGACCGCUUAAUGCAGCAGAACCUCCGAUACAGCAAACUGUCUGAUCCGGCAAACUGGCUCCGAAUUCAUCCCAUAAAUGGACAAAUCACAACCAUCGCUGUUUUGGACAGAGAGUCUCCAUAUGUUCAAAAUAACAUCUACACAGCCACAUUCCUCGCCACGGACAACGGGAUUCCACCGGCCAGUGGCACUGGUACUCUUCAGAUUGACCUCUUGGAUGUGAAUGAUAACGCUCCUCAGGUGUUUCCAGCAGUGGUCGAGAUGUGCGAGAAACCAGAGAACAAUGGAAUCAACAUCACAGCUCUGGAUGCAGACAUCCACCCGAACACUGGACCUUUCACCUUUGACCUGCCCUCACAACCUGCUGAUGUGAGGAAGAACUGGACCAUCAGACAGCUCAGUGGUGAUUAUGCACAGCUUGCUCUCAGAAUUGAGUUCUUAGAGAGUGGACUGUACGAGAUCCCGAUAACAAUCACAGACUCCGGAGAUAUGCCAUUGCGGAACACUUCAUACCUGCGAGUGAAGGUGUGCGUGUGCGAUGAUAACGGCGACUGCACGGAUCACGAGCGCAUCAUGGCCGCUGGACUCGGCACGGGACUGAUCGUUACACUCCUGCUCUGUGUCAUCACCCUCCUCAUUCUGGUGCUGUUGUUUGUGGUGUGGAUGAAGAGGAGAGAGAGAGAGCGAUUGGUAAAGCAGCUGCUGAUUGACCCAGAAGAAGAUGUGAGAGACAAUAUACUGACAUAUGAUGAAGAGGGAGGAGGAGAGGAAGACCAGGAUUAUGACCUGAGUCAGUUACAGCAGCCAGACAUUGAGACCGACGGCAUGAAGCCCAUCGGUGUGCGCAGGUUAGAUGAGAGACCGCUGCAUCCCGAGCACCAGUACCCCAUCAGAUCCACCGCACCACAUCCGGGAGAUAUCGGAGAUUUCAUCAGUGAGGGUUUGAGGGCAGCUGAUAAUGACCCUACCGCUCCACCGUAUGACUCACUGUUAGUAUUUGACUAUGAGGGCAACGGAUCGACUGCAGGAUCGCUCAGCUCCAUCAACUCUUCCAGCAGCGAUGGUGACCAGGACUAUGAUUACCUCAACGACUGGGGUCCACGCUUCAGGAAACUCGCUGACAUGUAUGGUGGCACGGAUGAGUGACACGGAUGAGUGCAAAGACAGCAACAACAUGUAGCUUAUCCCUCUAUUCAACGGAUGAAGACUGUGUCAGAUAUGGGUUUGUCAGAAUCAGUACAAGCAAACACAAGAACCCGUGGUUUAAUGUUCAUGUUUAACUCAAGGCUUAAAGUAACCGUUAAUGCAAACGCUUGAGGAACGCUCUGAGAGGAACAUCAAAGCUCAGGCCUGUUUCACACAAUCUGCAUCUGUGGGACGUGAACGGCGCUCGUUCAUUUCUCCAUGCGUAUUAACAGAUGAAUCACAUGCUGCUGUGUCUCUGGAGUUCAAGUACAUUUCUUUAAAUGUGAGAACAUGCCAAUAUCUCAAUAAGAUACAAUUUACACCAUAAGAGUGCGAUUUACAGUUCACAGAAGGAAUCAUUCUAAUCCAGUGUUCACUUCUUUUUGUCUUUUAAAUCAAUCAGUAUUUCAUCAUGUCAUAUUUAUUCAUUUUAGUGGUCAAAACGAAUCUUUUUUAGGUAAUGAUAAAGAACGAAAAGACAAAAAUAUGCACAAGCUGUAACAGACUAAACUUUGACCAAAUAUUCAAAGAUUUUGAAGAAUUUAUAAACUAAUUACAAACAUGUAUGUAAAAUACUAAAGAUGAAUAUGUUUAAUAUGUGAGAUUAAACAACUCGAGAAACAUGAAUAAACGCAUAUAAUGAAUAUUUGAAGUAUGAAUUCCUCCCGUUUAGAAGCAAACGAUGUAUCCCCAACACAAGAUCCACAUUCUGACCUGCGGGUCACUCAGUUCAAGUUCACCUGUUCAUGCUGUUCACGUCACAUACAGGAUGUGUUUGAGGUCAUUAACACUGUUAGUAAAGUUCAUUAAAAUACACAGCGUACUAUUUCAAGCAAUUCUUUCUAGAUUUUUCAUAGAAAUAAAAGCAGUGUUAGUACAUUGUUAAUAUCUGUAAUUUGUAUUUAAGUAUGUUUUAAUUAAAACUGUUUGAAAACUGCUGAAAAGAAAAUGAAUAAAUCUUUUGUCAGCAAACAUUGACAAGAUUAACACUGUGUAUAUAAUCCUCAUUAAACCAUUUUAUCAAAUGAAUUAAUAAUAGGAAUAAUUCAAAUACAGGAAGAAAUGAGUUGAGAUAAUAAUUUGUUCCUGUUUUAACGUGAAAUUCGUUUCACUUUAAUUGAUUUUAAUGUAUUUUUCUCUGAAUGCGUCAUUGUGUCUGCAGCUGUCAUUAAACCUGGGGAGAAACUCCGCCGCAGUUAAGCGUUUCCAUUCUGCAUCAUGCACACAUUAAAUAAACAUGUUGACAUGCAGAACAAAACUGGGUAAAUAUCUACACGUGCCAAUCGCUUCUGCUUCCACACUUUAUGAAAGAGGCAUUUACAUGAGCUUCUAUUAGUGUAAGAUUGUGCAUGUCACAGCGGCGGCGCUCCUGUCCCGCAGACACAGCAGGUGUGAAACAGACCACUCAUACACGCUCCACACUCUUUAAUGUGCCUUUUUCAGUUUCAUUAAACUCACUUAUGGAGUGAAUUUAAGAAAUAAGGAUGUGUUCAUCAUUAUGCUUUAUGUUUUUUGAGUUUAUUCACUGUUUGAAAAACGAUUCUUUAUUAUGAUAUUACCGUAAGUGCAUUUUUGUUCAUCUAAACAUAAUUGACCUUUAAAUUCUUUAUUGUCAUUAUUGAUUUGUAUUUUUUUACAGUGAGUUUUUGCUUCGCCGUACAUAUAAUGAGCCUUCUUUAUGAAAUAUUCUGUUCAUAAAACAUAGCUGCAUUCACUUCAACAUAACUGAAAUUACUCAUAAAUCCAAACUGGUUUUGCUUGUUCAUGACUAAAACUCUGUGUGUCUUUGAGAAUAAAACAUUCAGGAAUUUCUAAGAACAGUACGUCUUCCAACUCUUUGCAAUGUUCCAUAUUUUAACAUUGAAGAAAUUAUUUCUUGGUUUUAUUUAUAGAAUGUAACAGGCCGAAGUCUUGUUCAUAAAGAAGCGCUGUUGUGUUGAUCAUCGAUUUGUGGACUGCAAUUUCAAUUUCAAUGAAUUAUAUUGUUUCUGACCAAGUAAAAAUCAAAUAAAAAAUCAUUUUGGAGCUGU